ACAAAGUAUUGAGUGCAAGGCCGGACUAACUAAAGUUAUGGUUCCAAGGGUGGUCGUAAUAUCUAGGCUGGAUGUUGUCUGCUAAAACGUUGUCUGCUUCUAACGUGGACUUCAGUCACUCUUAGGGUUUAUAUCCCGUCCUUUUCUUCCCGUUGAAAAGCAAAGAACCUUAAGCUAGAUUCGAAGCUACAAAACAAACACUAGGCAAACAAUGAUGGGACACAAGGCUUGGGGUAUGUGGGGUAUGCAGUUAUUGUCCAACAGCCUACCAGAGACCCUGCAACUAGGGUUGCAGAGAGGAGACUGGGUAUGAUCCACAGAGGACAAAUGACGUCAAGUUGACGAAGGAUAAUUAAGUGGCUUUUCACCAACAAAUUUCGCAAUGGGAGUUUGAAAACAACGAUCGCUCUUUGCCUCGUUUCACCAAUCUGUGGGUCAUGUGGAAAUCAACCGGCCUCAGCAAGGGACAGCUAAACGCUCAAACUUACCCAGAAGACCCUGGGAACUGAGAGUUUGAAGAACACAACCUUAGAUCGUGAGAAAUUUCCCGCAAUGCCCUGGGGUCGUCGCUUCCGCCUUCGUAGUGCGCGCUUAAAUCAUAGUGAGGAUAUAAAGAGGAAGAAGAAUGAGCGUAAGGGUCGUCUCAAGACUUCACGCACGCUUGGAGCUUAGUGAUACACAUCACUACAAGGUGACUACAGAUUUGAUAUUUGAUUGGGGGAUCUAGCCCUUCGCAAAAGGGAAAGGGGGUGGGGAGAAAGGACCUUACUCAACGUGCCGGUUGUAUGUUUCAUCCCUGGGCCUCCAACCUCUCCCUUUCUUGACACCUUGAAGAAAACACGCAGCAAAAAGGUAGUUCCAGGUAAAAGGGCUAGGCAUGGACGGAUUGAAUACUUCCACCAUCAACUCCACUAGCAAACCUCGCGUGGGGAAGACUUUAGCAGAGGCGCUCGCGAACCCCAAAAUAUCGGCCACCUCGUCUGUGCUUUUGAUACUUAUGCUGGUUAUCAUUGUUGGCAAUACCUUGGUAUUCCGAACAGUGUUCGUGACUAGAAGGCUUCAUUUCUCGGCGUUUUAUCUGGUCGCAAGUCUCGCCAUAGCAGAUCUGAUGGUUGGGGUAUCUCUGCUCCCGCUUUCUAUCGCUUAUACUAUUAUCGGAGAGAUGAAAGGUGGCGAAUGGUCGUUUAGCCCGGUAGUGUGUCACGCGGGUACCCUGUUUAAUUUCUGGUUCUGCUGCGCCUCCGUUUUCAACCUGUGUGCGGUAAGCUGGGAUCGCUACGUGGCCGUGACGUCACCACUUCUGUAUACAGUGCGCAUGGAUGAUGCGAAAGUCCGCUGGACAAUCGCAGUCAUAUGGGUGGUCUCUCUGUUCAUGUCUUUUUUGAUCAUGGUCGCUGUUAUAGAGUCGAAGACGGUGUUCUACUGCACUGCCACCGGUUUAGCUGUGGAGUAUUCGUUGUCGUCAGCUCUUGUUAUAUUCAUAAUACCCUUGAUUUUCCUAGUUUUUGCAAAUGGGAGGAUAAUGAGUAUUGCUCGGGCUCAGUUGAAGAAAAUCAAGCAACAAAUGCCGUACGGUUACGAUUCAUACGAGGACUCAAGUAGCAAAUCCCGAACAGAAGCCGAAACUUUACCGAGCACCACCGUAACAAAUCUCGAACAAAUAACGACAAAACCCCAAGAACCUGAACAAAAUCUGGACUUCCAAGAGUCCAUACAAAUCCCGAACACAUCCAAGGUAUUCGAACAAAGUCAGACAGAGCCCCGAACCGCCCAAAAGCAAAGUGACAUUCUAUCAGGCAUCCAUGACACAAACAGCACGCUAACCAAGAAGCUCUAUUUCCAGCGUUUCCGUCGUGAAUUUAAAACCUUCAAAUUAUUCGUCAUAGUAACCGGCGUGUUCCUCGUGUGCUGGACGCCACUAUUCGUCACCAUGGUGAUGUCAUCGUUCUUACGCACGUGGACAAUGGUAUCCAUCAUGCAUUUCGCGCUUAUUCUUGGUUACGCAAACAGCGCUUGUAACGUGUUUAUAUACAGUUAUUUCAAUAGAGAAUUCCGAAAUGCCUUACUUGCGAGACUGCGGUGCUUCAGCGGUAAGUGCAAGCCAGACAGUACCGUGAGAAGGCAGUACUCCGCACGUCCUGUGUCAGCAGAAAAACAAAUAAAUCAUGCGCAGGACGACAUUGCACGCGACACGCAUGCGUCAGCUAUUGAUGACAUUAAUGCCAAUGUGACCAGCACUGGAAAACCUACGGCGCAUGCGUCAGUGUUUUGCAGUGAAACUGUAACCUCACCGGAAGGCUUUCCGAGUACGGAGGCGCGCUAUAUAUCUCGGAGAGUUUCUUUGGUCACUUCGCUGUAAGCCAAAAACAGCAAACCAUUUCUGGUUCAAUAUGUCUUAUAAACAUGAUGUACUACGCAAAAGAUAUCAAGGUUAGAACGUUCGCCGAGCACAUAAAAUAAAAUUGGUUUGACGUUAUCGCUAGUUGAAUCUUAGAACUAGAACAUUUAUUGCAAAUCGUGAUUAGUCUUUAAUUUUGCUCGGCAUCUUAAGAACCUUAGUUUUUUUUAGUUGUGCAUAUAUAUAUUCUGUGGUAAAUUUAAAUAGAUGCCAGAGAUAGAACAAAUGUAUAAUAUCAAAAGAGCAUCUUAUGCAUACACUCUUUUUUUAUAAGAACCUUUUCUUAUAAGAACGUCCAGGCUGAAAUUCCGCCAUGCAUGUGCCAUGCAGAACAUGCUAAGAACAAGUCGAGGCCGCUCAGAUAGCAGCAAAAUAUUACUGUAUUAGUCUGUGUUCUAAAACGCAAUGUCAAUGUGCCCAUGAAUAUAUUAUUGUUUUUGAUUAUUGUGUAAUUCUCUUCCUAAAAAAUUAUUGUGUAAUAUAUUUUAUAAGCAAUAAAAUUUAAGAACAUCGUUAAGAACACUUUCAGCCUUAAAAUGCUCCAGUUAAAGGAAGCCCAGACUUAACUAAAAAUUAGACGUUCUUAUAAAAAAGAGUGUAAUGCAUAUUGCAUAAUGUGUAUACACCUAUUUCAAUAAAGGUUGUCAGUGCAAAUGGCAAAUGGCGAUUGGCAAAUUGCAGUUCUACGACCGAAAGUAACCAUGCGUCUCAAAGAAUAUGGAAAAAUAAAAAAAAAUAUCCAUUUAAGGUUGCCAAUGCUUGGCUCUGACAUUGCUGGGCUUUAUCUAACACCUUUUAUUUUACGAAUGAUUACUACCCAUAAGCCAUAAGCCAUUUGCACUGACAGCCUUUUGUAAAAUAGGUGUAUAUAAUGCCAUCGUUAUGUGUGUAAGACUACAGUAGGGCAAACAUAUACUCCGGAUAAGUACAUAUUGUAUAAAGCGUAUAUAUAAUAUAAUGCCAUCGUUUUAGCGAAA